AUGACUUUGACACCCAAGAACAAUAUUGAACAUAAACAGAUGGCCAAGUCAAAGAAAAAAUCAUCAACACAACUGAACAACUCACCCAAGAAAAUACAGCAGCCAAUUGCUUCUAAUAAAACCAUUUCUAAAAAACAACCAAAAUCAGUUUUUCAAAGUUCACCUGUAUAUGAUUUACUUCAUUAUUUCGAACGUGCUCCUGACCAAUGGACAGCGAGAUAUAUCUUAGUUCUCACUGCAGUUAUACUAAGAACAGCCGUGGGAUUAGGUGGACACCUGGGUUAUCAUGUUCCACCUAUGUUUGGAGACUUUGAAGCACAAAGACAUUGGAUGGAAUUGACGAUUAAUUUACCAAUUUCUCAAUGGUAUUUCUUUGACUUGCAAUACUGGGGGUUGGAUUAUCCUGUGUUGACAGCUUAUCACUCAUAUAUUUGUGGUAUUAUUGGGAAUUUUAUUAAUCCAACAUGGUUUGUCUUGAAUGAUUCCAGAGGAUUAGAAUCCGAUGAUAUUAGAAUGUUUAUGAGAAUGACUGCAAUCAUAAGUGAAUUGAUUAUUUAUAUCCCAGGAAUUCUUAAACUUGCAAACUUAUUGGGAAAGAAAUCAAAUAUUAAUAGAAUGGACCAAAUAAUUAUUGCUUUGAUCAUUAUAAAUCAACCGCAUUUGGUUUUAAUCGACCAUGGUCAUUUCCAAUAUAAUUCAGUGAUGUUGGGAUUUUUCAUUUAUUCAAUAAUUGACUUAAUUAAAGGAAAUCUCGUUUUGGCCAGCAUUUGGUUUAUCAGUUGUAUCAAUUUCAAGCAAAUGGGGUUGUAUUAUUCAUUGUUUAUUUUUUUCUAUAUCCUAAGUCAAAUUAGAUCGUUCCUGAAAUUGAUUGUUGUUGGAGUUACUGUUGUAUUAACUCAAGUUGUGUAUUUAAUCCCAUUUAUUUGGUUCCAUCCCCAGUCUGUAUUGCAAAUACUUAUCAGAGUUUUCCCAUUCAAUCGUGGAUUAUUUGAAGACAAAGUGGCCAAUUUCUGGUGUACAACAAAUAUUUUGAUUAAAUACAGAGAAAUAAUCGAUGGAUCUCAAUUGUCCAAAUUGGCAUUAAUUGCAACAUUAUUGGCAACCAUUCCAAUUAACAUUUAUUUGUUUAUCAAGAUUAUUAGAAAACCUGCGGUUAAAGUUCCUGCCAUGAUCUACGGGUUUGCAUCAAAUGCGUUGUCUUUCUAUUUAUUUUCCUAUCAAGUUCAUGAAAAAUCCAUCUUGAUUGCUUUGGUCCCAAUCAGUUUAUUAUUAUUAAUUAACCCCCAUGAUAUAACUAUGGUUCAGUAUAUCAAUACCGUCGGAACUUUUAGUUUGUAUCCAUUAUUGAAGAAAGACGGCCUCGUGAUGCAAUAUAUUGUGUUGAACUUAUUGAUUAAUUGGUUAAUUGGAAAGAGCUUAGUAUUUAACAAGAAAGUGGGUACGCUUAAUUGUUUGAUGAUAGUAAGUACUUAUGCUGCCAUUUUUGCCUUUCAUGUCAUUGACUUUAUCUUGGAGCCACCUGCUAGAUAUCCUGAUUUAUGGGUUAUCUUGAACACUGCUAUUUCGUUUGGUGCAUUUAGUUAUUUCUGGUUUUGGUUAUCAUAUAGAAUAUUUAAAUUGUAA